UCUCUCUCUCUCUCUCUCUAGAGCUGCUGCAGCCUGCUUUCCUGCUUUCCUGCCCGGCUGCCUGCCUCCAUCCAGCGCUCGCUCUCCGGCUCUGCUCCUCCACUCCACCUUUUCCCGUCCUCCAGCCAUGGCGACGGUGCUCCAACAGCCGCUCACUCUGGAUCGAGAUGUGGCCAGGGCCAUUGAGCUUCUGGAGAAGCUUCAGGAGUCGGCCGACGUUCCCGGUUACAAGCUGCAGUCGCUGAAGAAGGUGCUCCAGAGCGAGUUCUGCACCGCCAUCCGCGAAGUGUACCAAUACAUGCAUGAAACCAUCACCGUCAACGGCUGCCCCGAGUACCAGGCCAGAGCCACGGCCAAGGCCACGGUUGCCGCCUUUGCCGCCAGCGAGGGCCACUCGCACCCGCGGGUGGUGGAGCUUCCGAAGACGGAGGAAGGGCUGGGCUUCAAUGUGAUGGGCGGCAAGGAGCAGAACUCGCCCAUCUACAUCUCGCGCAUCAUUCCCGGCGGGGUGGCCGAGCGCCACGGCAGUCUUAAGCGAGGCGAUCAGCUCUUGUCCGUCAACGGGGUGAGCGUGGAGGGCGAGCACCAUGAGAAGGCGGUGGAGCUGCUAAAGGCAGCCAAGGACAGCGUCAAGCUGGUGGUGCGCUACACGCCCAAGGUGCUGGAGGAGAUGGAGGCGCGCUUCGAGAAGCUGCGCACCGCCCGCCGCCGCCAGCAGCAGCAGCUGCUCAUGCAGCAGCAGCACAACACGUCCACGCAGCAGAAUCACACGUCGUAGGUUGUUCCAGAAGAAGAAAAAGUAAGGCCCAUGCGAUGUCUGCAGGAUCUCUUGGAGAUGUCCGAAGUUCUUGGAUUUAGCACAACUCUCGCGUCGUCAAUCCUGGCCUUCCUGAGCUGAAAAACAACGCAAGCGUUUUGUCCCAAAUUUGGUGCUUGGGAGGGGAAAAAAAGGAACUUUUUUUUAACCAUCUUGUCUUUCCAUUGGUUU